CAAGAACUGUGUAUGAGGCAGAGAGCAAGCGAGUGAGCGGGAGGCAGUUUGUGUGUGUGGGAGAGAAAAGGAGAGGGGGUGAGAGAGAGAGAGAGAAACAGUGGUGAUGAUCGACGCCAGGCUGCCACCACUCUGCAGCAGUGAGUGGCUGCAACAAAAAGCACAGAAUAACAUCCCGACUCCCUGCUUUGCUUUUUUUUCCUCUCCCCGCAUCUCAGCGACCAGAUGAGGGUUCCGCGCGCAGCUCUGCAGAGGCAAUGCUGAGACUGAGCCCGCGUCAAAGGCACGAUCUCUGGCUGCCAUCAACAAGUUAAGGUUGGACGACCAACAGCCAUGAGAGACAAACGCUUGAUUUUCAGUUAAUCGGCACUGCGUUGGAGGUGAAACGAAAGGUUAAAGAAAAAAAAGGAGCAGAAAAAGAAGAGGAAGCUGUUGACUGGAGUCGCUCUGGACCAAACUGAUCAACUUAAGAAAAUAUUUAUAAAUAUUUAUUUUAAGGAUUUAUUCAAGGAAAAAGGUUGACAUCUUCGAGCCUGGAUUGUUAAGGACUCGGACAAAAAAAGGAAUAUACGUCAUCUUCGGACAUGGAAUUUUACAUUUUAUUUCAACUGGGUGGGUUCAAAAUUGCUUUAUCUCCAAAGAGGCUGAUUCCUUUUGUAUUUACUCAAAAGGGCUUUUCCCCUUUGGAUUUUCUUUCCAUCUGGCUGCUCCAAGAGUCUUUGGAAAAGGACAGUUGAAUGCAGCCUCCGAUGUGCACAAAAGAAUGGGUUUCCAUUCAAGGUGGCCAUUGGUGGGACCUGCACCAGUGGCUGUGAGUGUGAUCAGUAUGCUCCUAGCGUGCGUGCUGUCUCCUGCAUCAUGCACAACCUGCCCUCAAAAAUGCCGCUGUGAGGACCUGCAGUUCUACUGCGACACCCAGGGGCUUAAGGCACCGCCAGAUGGUGUGGACAAGGGCGCCCUGGGGUUGUCACUACGCCACAAUAGCAUCACCGAGCUCUCCCCUGAUCAAUUCUAUGGUUUCAGUCAGCUCACUUGGCUGCAUCUAGACCACAACCAGAUCACCACAGUCCAAGAGGAUGCCUUUCAAGGCCUCUAUAAACUGAAGGACCUCAAUCUGAGCUCAAAUCGUAUCACCAAGUUGCCCAACACAACCUUCAUCCACCUCAUUAACCUUCAGAUACUGGACCUCUCCUUUAAUCAGAUGACUUCACUGGAACCAGAACUCUUUCAUGGCCUGAGAAAGCUCCAGAUACUUCAUCUUCGCUCCAAUUUACUUCGCACUACACCCGUUCGGGCAUUCUGGGACUGCCGCAGCCUGGAAUAUCUGGGCCUGAGCAGCAACCGUCUGCGGAGUCUGGCCCGAAAUGGAUUUGCCGGGCUCAUUAAACUUAAAGAGCUCCACUUGGAGCACAAUCAGCUGACCAAGAUUAACUUGGCCCAUUUCCCUCGCCUUGUUGCCCUCCAGUUUCUGUACCUGCAAUGGAAUAAGAUCAGCAACGUAACAUGUGGAAUGGAAUGGACCUGGACUACUUUAGAGAAGCUGGACCUGACAGGAAAUGAAAUACGUGUCCUGACACCUGACGUGUUUCAAACGCUGCCAAAUUUAAAAAUAUUGCUACUGGAUAACAACAAACUAAGCAGCCUGGAGCCCCAAGUUUUGAACAUGUGGCGGUCUUUGAGUACAAUUGGGCUGUCCAGUAACUUUUGGGAAUGUACCAAAAGGAUCUGCUCUCUGGCCACAUGGCUGAGCACCUUUAAGGGAAGGUGGGAACACUCAAUUCUCUGCCACAAUCCUGAAUACGCUCAAGGUGAGGAGAUACUUGAUGCCGUUUAUGGAUUCCAGCUUUGCCAGAAUUUUUCAGCGCCAGUAAUUCAGACCAUUAGUACGACGACAGACACAACAACGGCUGCAGAGAUGACGAGCUCCUUGUUUGGAAUUAUGCAGUCAACCCCCACGCAGGACUAUACAGAGGAUUUGGGGAGCUUUACCACAGUCACUACCACCACAACCACAACACAAACACCACACACUGCUCAAGAAACUACUGCUUUGCAGGAAGAGGCAGCUGUGACGGAGGACUUAUCAGCUAUGGACAACACUGUCAUGACUCAUAGGGUUAUCAUUGGAACUAUGGCCCUCCUGUUUUCAUUCUUUUUCAUAAUUUUUGUUGUGUACAUCUCACGGAAGUGCUGCCCUCCCACCCUGCGGCGGAUACGUCACUGUUCAGCUAUUCAGAACCGCAGACAGAUGAGGACCCAGCAGCGACAGCCAAUGGCAGACCUAGCCACACAGGUACCCUAUAAUGAGUAUGAGCCCAGCCAUGAAGAAGGGGCACUUGUGAUCAUCAAUGGCUAUGGGCAGUGCAAGUGUCAGCAACUGCCUUACAAAGAGUGUGAAGUAUGAACUCUUAUUUAUUCCUAGACCAUAAAAGGUUUGUCAUUUGACCAUUUCAGAAGAUACAGGGUUUGCUUUUUUGAUUUGUUUUCAGUUUAUGUAAGAACCCUAAUUUCUACAAGUGAGAAAUGAGAAAAUGUGACAAAUGCAGAAUGCUACAAAGACGGGUUGGACAGUAAAGGAAUGAUGUAGAGAUAGUCACAAAUUUAUUUUUAUAUGAAAGCAAGGUUGUUCAUAUCAGCCAGGGGCAAUCAUUUUAAAUAAGAAAAUUGUAAACUGUGAGAUUUGUCUCUACAUUGUCUAUAUUCUGCAGCACAUUUAAACUACUGGGUCUGAUGGCCCUCUGCUAACAGAAUACAUCUGAGGGGGAUGUAAUAUGUCAUUUCAUCCAAAAAGUAAUUAUUUGAAAUUGUAUUUUUAACUGCACCUGAGGCAUUGUACAUCAGUCACUCAAAGGUAAAACAAUGAAUUAACAGUGUUGCUUUAUUGUUUCAUUGUUUUUAAAGGAUAAGACGAUGGGUAACAAGACUAAAGUAAAACUAAAGAUCAUUUCUUUUGAUGAAUCAUUUCAUGGAAAAUGAUCAUUCCACUUUGAAAAACAUAWUUCCACCACUUUAGGUUGAAAUUAAACAAAUCACUACAUUUGCACCAGAUAAAAAGCUUUGUUUUUUAAAAACAUCUGGAUUUUUAUUUUUUACAUUUUGGUUGUGUGGAAAUGUAGCUGAAAGUGUGUAUUAGUGAGUAAGUAAAUUUAUUCAUUUAAUCAGCAUUAACUGAAAAACAGCGUGUUGAUUUGUAGCUUAUAUAAAAUGGUAUUGAACAUUUAGCUCAGCUCUUGCCUUCAUGGGACGACCACCACAAAUAAACCUCAACUUGUGGGACACACAAAGCUGUGCUCAGCUCGGGUUAAUCUCCAGUCUACACUGGUAAAAACUUAUGGAUGUCAUGCUCACAUCUGACACCCAACAAUUUAUACAACCUUUAAUGUUCCAUUAUCUGUAUAUGGAUUAGUCAUUUUCUAAAGGCCAUAUAAACUGUGACCAUUAUAUAUUUGAGCUAAACCCAAUUAAGCAUAAUUUGCUGAUUUGCUAUACCAUAAUCAAUUAUAGACAAACUUGUGUUAUAUGCAAGUAGCAAGUAAAAGGGUAAUGAACAGUGCAAAUGUCAGAACAGUUUAUGCUGAAAAAAAAAAACCUGUCCCAGAAGCUCAGAGUCUUUACCACUUACACACUAAUCAAGACUGACAGGUUCAAGAUUGAACCAAUUAAGGCAAGGCAAAAAUAAUCUGAUAUUCUGUCACCCAGACCAGUGAUCCAGCAAAAUUUAGCUCUUUCACCAGGCAAAAAUAGUUGUAUAGUCAUCAUUCAUACCUUACCAAAAACCCCACUUAUUUUGAUUUUAGGCAUUUUGGAAAAAAAUUGUUAUUCUAUAUCUGAAAUAUUGAUUUAAAGUGAAUAAUUUAUAAAUAUAUAUCAGUUUUCGUCUUUUGCCUAACAAGAGUCAGGCUAAACUGUGGUCAAUACCCUGAAAGCAAAUGGAAAUCUAGUGAUAAGCAAACAGCGCGCGUCAGUCAGGACACAUUUGUAUGCAGAAGGAGUGGAUGUGCAUUAGCAUCAGUCUGAAGCUGCUGCUGCAGCUUCCCACUCUGUGUUCAAUUUGGUAGUGGGGGGCAGGGUAAGAGGAAGGGGGAUUCAGGGGGAUUGAUGGAGCACAAUAAGAAUGAAUAAACUUAAGUUUAUUUUUUUUAAAUAUCUGGCCAAAUACUGAAGUAUAAAAAUGAAUAGACGACAGUUGAUUGGGCUUUAAAUGAAUCCUGAUGAUACAAAAGCAAUGAUUCCACAAUUUGUUAGCUAAUGAGAUAUAUCCGAAUGUUUACUCACUAAAGAAAUUUUAAACUUUUUUUUUUAAUGGGAAAAGGAAAAAUCUCAUAACAAUUUCAAUAUUAUUUUCUUGCUUUUGGUUGCACACCAAAGUCAGCACUUAGGAUUACAAGAUGGUUCUCAUAGCUCGACAUAACACAAAAGUGAGAAGUUUGUCAUUUUAAGAAAAUAGGAUGUAUUUGAAUGGAUGAGAUCCUGUGGGUGACGUCAGCAAGUACCAUUUGUGCUCUGAUUUUUUUGGUUUUUGUUUUUUUAUUUCAUUGUUUUUAAGUUUGGCAAAAUCUUGCUUCAAACUUUAACAUGAAUGCUAUGUGUCAGUGUAUCAGCAGAUGCUCAUACGAUGCCUACAAAACAAGUGCAUAUGUAUACCAAAAAUUGUUACAUCUCAUGUUCAGAUUUCAUUAAAAACCAUUCCAUACUGACAUUUUCAAGGCCAAACUAUUUUUACUUUACCAAUUUAAAUUUUUUCCAGCUUCACACUGCUUUUACUACUGCCCUUCUAAUCUAUCUUGCAUGAUCCAAAAAAAAGGAAAAAGUAUCAGUCAUUGAGUUGAGUAUUUUCUAAUUUCAUUUUGGGAGCGUUAGUGAGACAUACUUUAUGCUAAAGACUGAGGAUGUACAAAGUACAUGGAGCACCAAGAGAGUUCAGUAAAUCAUUUGACAUUUCACUGUUUAAGACUACAGUUGUGCCAAGUGACUGAAAAUCCACAAAAUUUGUAGAAUUAUGCAUCCCUUUGCACUUUGGCUCUUUGUAAACAAUUUUGUUUCCUCUUGUCAUCUUCUAGCCCCAUAAUCUCACCCUGCUUAAAAAAAUAAAAAAUAAAAAAAAGCUAUGGAAAAAAUAAAAAUAAAAAAAAGAACAAUCCCUACUCUCAUUUUCAAACUCUUUGUGCAAAAAUGAAUGCUUUUCUCUUCCCAUUUUCCUUUUGUAUUGUAAAAUGUACAAUUUCAUAUCUGUAUAGUGGAUAAGAUGUGCCAAACUAAAAAAAAAAAUAACACUGUCCCCUCAAAACAUAUAUUUUUUAAAUAAAAUGGUUCAAAAUGUUUGCAAAGUGUUUGCAAACAGAUGUAAGCUGA